AUGCGAAACACGCUGAUUUUCGGGGGCUCUUCCUGCCCAGCUCUCACCAGCAAGAUAUGUGAGAACCUUGGCAUGCCGCCUGCUGAGGCGGAGCUUUCCCAAUUCUCAAAUGGCGAGACGAGUGUCAAGAUCUCGAACAGCGUUCGAGAGAAGGAUGUCUUUAUCGUCCAGUCCGGCAGCCCCAAGAUCAACGAUACUAUCAUGGAACUGCUGAUCAUGAUCUCUGCCUGCAAAGGAGGUUCUGCCACCAAGAUUACUGCCGUUCUCCCAUACUUCCCAUACAGUCGACAGUCCAAAAAGAAGUCACAUAGGGGUGCCAUAACUGCGAGACUGCUAUCGAACCUGUUAGGGAUUGCUGGUGUCAAGCACGUUAUCACGGUCGACCUGCACGCCUCCCAGAUGCAGGGUUUCUUCAAGUGUCCAGUCGACAACCUCCACGCCGAACCACUGAUCGCCCGCUGGAUCCGUCACAACGUGCCCAACUGGCGAGAGGCGGUCGUGGUGUCCAAGAACGCCGGUGGCACGAAGCGUGUCACGUCCUUGGCCGACGCUCUCAAGCUCAACUUUGGCAUGGUUACCACUGAUCGGAAGAGAGGGGGCGGCAUGACACACAGCAUGCUUUUGAACCAGCUGGAGGGUCUGGAGCCUCUGGAGCCUGCUGCGAACCGCAUCGCAAGAAACAGCUUUGUCCAGUCGUCGACGCCGACCCCGCGGACUCUGAUCGUGCAGCCUAGCCUCGCCGAUGAAGAGAGACAAAAAUCUGCAGCGCAGUCCAAUGGCCUGCGAGGCGAUGUGCUUGACUACAACGACCAGAGGGCCUCAGAAGUAACGCAUGGCCGCCUCGUCCAGGGCCACAUUGUGCCAGAUGACUUCCCCUCGCCAGCUAUGUCAGCUGCGGACACAACCAUCGCCGAGGACGACCCUAUGCUUCAGUCGCAGAUGCUCCAGUCGCAGGAAUCGUCCUUCUUCGCACAGGACGGCCAUGCACUGGGCGGAUCCGGCGACGCGGAACCCAGCUCUGACGAGGAAGAGGAGAAGCUGAGGGACCCCAAGGUCGAGCAUAUGAUCACCCUCGUCGGCGAUGUGAAGAAUCGCACAGUCUUGAUCAUCGACGACAUGAUCGAUAAGGCCGGUUCCUGGGUCGCAGCUGCUGAGACUGUGGUGAAGAGGGGUUUCGCCAAGAAGGUCUAUUGCAUUGCCACUCACGGUGUCUUUGGUGGUGAUGCCCUCGAGCAGAUGCAGAAGUGCGAAUGCAUUGACGCCAUUGUUGUUACCAACAGCUAUCCCAUCAGCGAGGAGCGGGCUAGGAACGCCUCCAAGCUCACCGUUCUCGACCUGUCCUAUCUCCUCUCCGAGGCCAUCCGGCGCAACCACUAUGGCGAAUCAAUCAGCCCACUGUUUCAGCACAUCCAGGAUUAG